AUGUCCCCGAAUUUACUCGAACAUUUUAAACAGACCCAUCCAAAUAGCUCUUGCACUUUUGACCUUUACCAGUGUAAAUACUGCCAGCUUGUUUCUACGUCCUCAGCCAUCUUGAUUGAGCACGCGACCCUAGCACACCUGGGAAAAGAAGGCAAAGAGGCCAAAAACCUAACGCUCCAUUACUCUGCAUUUCACGGGAUCAAAAAUGUUGCCCCUGCUCAGAUGGCUCUGAUCAAGAGAUUGUCUACCACGCGUCAUUUCAGAGUUGGACUUCUCCGUCACCAAAUCGAAGGAUAA